AUGGCCCCGUGGCGUUCGCUUCGCCUGAGCAACCGUUACAUCAGCCAGCACGUGCUCCUCCUGCUGCGUUUCUACCUGGCGCAGUUCCAUUACCUGGGAUUGAUGCGCAUCCGCUACGAGGAGACCCGCAACGAGAUGCGUUUGACCUACUACAGUGUCACCGUUUCGAGGAUGAUUGGCCUUUGGUGCGCCUUCUUCUUCACUUUGGCCCUUCUGGACCCGUAUCCCCUGAUGCUUCACAUCCAACUGCUGGGAUUCAUCUGCUGCCUGUUGGUCCAGCCAAGAAGUGUGAUUGAGGAGCGAACGAGGCUGGUGAAUCAAAUCCUGCGACUUUCACCGCAACUCUACCGGGUGACUAGACGAAAGAUGCGAUUGUCCUGGUCGCUGGUCCUCCAGUUGCUGGUCAAGUUGCUUACCUUUCGGUUGUUCUACGAGGGUCUCCUGGGUCCCAGGGACACCAGCUGGAAGUUGCUCUUCAUUGUGUUCUUCGUGGUGCCCGUUUCAUUGGCCAUCUGGGUAAUGGAUGUCUCCUCGCAUCUGAUUGGCAUUGUACUCUCAAUUCUGCUCAAAUCCUUUGAGAUGGUGAACAUCGAAAUGGCAGCCAUUGAUGAGAAGCUCUGCCUGGAGAUCCUGCGAUCGGAUUUUGGAGCAAUACGAAGGUUGAAGAAGCGCCAUCUUUUCCUACAGCGACUCCAUCGAUCCUAUGUUCAGGUGACCCAGGAAAUGAUCGACUGCCUGAGUCCCCAGUUGAUUUUGAUCGUUCUCUACAACCUGAGCACCAUCUACACCUUUUCAAGUGGCGAGUGGCGAAGGAUCCUGCAGAUCGGGGUGAUCGUUAAUAAUCUGCGAUCCCUCCUGCACACCCUGGAUGAACUGGUGGUCAACUCUGGUGCUCCGCAGAACACCUCCUGGAUGCACUUGGCCCAGUUACUUCAGUUUGAGGAGAUCCUGGCCACUCAUGGCUGGUUGGAACGGAAGGACUUCCGAUGGAGGGUCCAGGAUACGGACACUUUUGGUCAGGAUGUGAGGCGAUGUUGCUUUCAAAAGAGUCUAUUGGUCCUUGGAUUGGUUACCCCCAAUAGAAGACUCCUCUUUCGCAUUGCCUUCGCCUUCUGCAGCCUUUUGCAUCUUCAUUACAUGCUGAUGAAAUCAGCUUUGGUGGUAGAGAAGGAAAUCUUUAUCGGCUCCGAAUUCAGAUUAAAACCUAAUCAUAUUAGCUAUUAA